CUUUAGAAUGAUCGAUUUAUUCCUGCGCGAGAUCAAAAAACCAUCGAAUCGGCGCAAUAUCGUUUCAUGGAAAAAAAGCAAACAUUGUCCCUGGACGAAAGUGAUCAAACAUAUAGGCAAAUUGUCGCGAAUGCGUGUGGCGUGCAGACCGGUCGACUCCUUUCCUCCAAGCAAGAAAAGGCUGAACCUGAAGUCCCCGAUAUGACCAAGAACAGUGCUGAUUACACCUUACGUACCACGGCUCCUGCAACUGUACGUCGUAUCCUCACGGCACCCGUAAAAAUCCUGGAUGCACCAUACCUUGCCGACGAUUAUUACUUGAAUUUGCUCGAUUGGUCCAAACUCAAUGUUGUCGCUGUUGCCUUGGAUCGCUCCGUGUAUCUGUGGAACGCGGACAAUGGCUCCAUUCGUCCCUUAAAUUACCAAGGACAAGAUGCCAUUACUUCCGUUCGAUGGUCAACCGAUGGCGCCUAUCUUGCAGUCGGUACAGCCAACGGCGACACCCAAGUCUGGGAUGCCGAAGCCAAUACCAAACUACGUUCUAUGGUUGGACAACAACACCGUAUUGGCGUCCUGUCCUGGGAUAAACAUCUGGUCUCUUCUGGCGCUCAAGAUGGAAGUAUCUGGCACCAUGACGUGCGUAUUUCGCAACACAAGGUGAUGGAACUCAACGGCCAUAGCGAUGAAGUGUGUGGUCUUCAAUGGCGAUGGGAUGGUACCAUGUUAGCCAGUGGUGGCAACGACAAUGUCGUCCAAGUAUGGGACGUCCGAUCCAAUAAACCACGUCUCACAAAACGACAUGAAGGUGCUGUCAAGGCAUUAGCAUGGUGUCCUUGGAACCGUCACACUCUGGCGACGGGUGGCGGCCGAAACGAUCGCAGUAUUCAGGUGUGGAAUACAUCAACAAGUUUGCGAAUCCACAAAAUCGAUACCGAAUCUCAAAUUACCUCCCUGCAUUGGUCGAAACAUUACAAAGAAAUUGUGUCCUCGCAUGGAUACCCCAAUAAUCAACUUACGGUUUGGGAAUACCCUUCCUUCAAUCGAAUUAUCGAUAUUCCCGGUCAUGAUUCCAGAAUCCUGCAUACCGCCAUGAGCCCCGAUGGUCAAAUGGUCGCCACAGCCGCAGCUGACGAGAACUUGAAAUUCUGGCGUAUCUUCGAACACGACGGCCGAAGUAAAUAUGAUACAAAAUCCAUACUCAACAAUCGUCCCGCAUUGGUUCGUAGUAAGAGCAUCCGUUAGCGCUCUUAAAAAAAAACAAAAAGCUUCCUUUUAAACUCGACGUCAUUAAAAAAGCCAAACUCCCAUAUUUGGGA